UAAACUUUUAAUAAUUAUUAAAGUUAUUUACAUUCCAUUUUAAUUUUGUUUUUUUUAAUCUUGUAAAUAUUUUUUUGUAAAUAAUAAAACCUAUAAUAGUAUAUAUAAUUUAAAAAAUGACUCCAGACGAAUUUGUUGGUAUGUUUUGUUUAAUAGGUGGUUUUGGAUUAUGUGCUUUCGGUUCAAAAUAUCAAGAAGCUACUCUUAGUUUCUUUGGCUCAGGUUUAGGGGCUUAUUUAUUUUAUUUAUUAUCACUAAGAAUAGAAUUCAGUUUCACCACACAAGUAGCCCUCUUUGUUAUAGUAUCUUUGGUAUUUUCAUUCAUUUGUAUGAAAUUUGUUAGAGUAUCAGUUUUGGCCAUCGCCAUAAUUCAUGCUUUAUGUAUUUCAAAUUUAAUGGCACCAGGAUUAGGAAAUGUAUGGGGUAGUGUAGUCAAAUAUGCUGCAUUAAUUAUUUUACCAUCAUUAUUCUUAUAUGCUCCAGAUAUUGGUAUUCUUGUUAGUAGCUCAUUCUUUGGUUCUUGGAUCUUUGUAGUUGGUAUCGAACAAUUCAUUGGCACUGGUUUCCCAAGUCCAUUAUUGGUCCUCUUCAACAAAAACUGGGAUACUUUAGUAGAAAUCGAAGAAUCUGCUUUCCUCGAAUGUUUAUUAGUAUGCUCAAUUAUGAUUACCUCUUUAAUCAUUCAAAUCAGAUAUGUAGAAGCAUCAAGAGAGAGACAAUUAGACCUAUUAUUAAAAGAAAUUGAAGAUGCCAUCGAAAAGAAACAAAAUGACAAACAAUACACAUUAUUAGAUGAAGAACAAGUAGUUGGUGAUGAAACCGGUAGUUCCAUUAACAAUUCAGGUUUCAAAAUUAUUUUAGAUAUGGUUACUCCAGGAGGUGAUGAAGAUUAUUUAAAAACUGAUAAGAAGGAUUAUUUUGUAGAAAAGCUUGUUGGUCAUACUGAAUCAUCAAAACCAUUACUCAAAUAACCAAUACAUUAAUUGAUCAUUAAAUCUAAAAAAAAAAAAAAAAAAAUUAAAACUAGAAUAAUCUUUUUUUUUUUUUUGUAAAUAAAGUUAUAAACAAAAAAAAUAUAACACUAAAUACUAU